AUGGCUGAGGCAGAUCCUCACCCGGACAGUAACAACUCAGUUUCUUUACUUCUACUCGGGGAUGCAGGAUGUGGGAAAUCAACAUUCUUAGCUCGCUUGAAGAGUGGAAGACCGUCCCCAUCAGGGCCAUCUGAUAAUGAACCGAAUACUCUUGAACUAUUACGAGAUGGUGAUCAACCCUUCAUUUACGACAUCCGGUUCUCAAAAAAGACAUUCACUCUAGAACUUUACGACACAUCUAACCCAAACCAGCAUUGGACAGGCCUUCGACCUGAUGUGGUUGUUUUAGCCUUUGAUAUCUCCAAUCGAGACACACUUGCUGGACUAAAAGAGUGGCGAAAUGACAUUACUCGUUACUUCCAGUACGGCCAUGGCGAGCGCCUUCCAGUGAUGAUGAUAGGCCUGAAAAGGGACCUACGGAGAGAAGGCGAGGGAAUCAUCUACCCACAAGAGGGCUAUCGUAUUGCGCAGGAACUUCGUUGCGAUAGAUACGCUGAGUGCUCGGCUAUCACAGGCGAGCUGCUCGCAGAGACGUUUGAAGAUCUCGCGAGACUGGCGGCAAUGACGACAACUGAAAAAGGUGGCCAGUCUGAGGGCACUUCCUGUGUUAUACUUUGA